AUGUCCAUCCUCUCUGCUCUUCUCUGCCUCGGGCUGAGUCUGGACCAGAGGACCCCAGUGCAGGCAGGGACCCUCCCCAAACCCACCCUCUGGGCUGAACCAGGAGAUCUCAUCCCUUAUGGGAGCCCUGUGACCCUCUGGUGUGAGGGGACCCUGGAGGCCUGGAAGUUUGAUCUGUACAAGGAGGGAAAACAUGUGCUUUGGAGCACACAGACUGAAAGGAAGUCCACAACCAAGGGCAAGUUCUCCAUCACACACAUCACAGAGCACGAUGCAGGGAGAUACUCCUGUUCUUCUAACAGCCCCACUGGCUGGUCAGAGCCCAGUAACCCCCUGGAGCUGGUGGUGACAAGAUCCUACAGCAAACCCAGCCUCUCAGCCAUGCCCAGCCCUGUGGUGACCUCAGGAGGGAACGUGACCCUCCACUGUGGCUCACAGCAGGGAUUUGAUAGGUUCAUUCUGACUAAGGAAGGAGAUCACAGGCUCUCCUGGACCCAGGACUCAGAACCACACCCCAGUGGCCGGUCCCAGGCCAUGUUCCGUGUGGGCCCCGUGACCCCCAGCCACAGGUGGAGGUUCAGAUGCUAUGGCUGUUACAGGAACAGCCCCCAGGUGUGGUCACACCCAAGUGAUGCCCUGGAGCUCCUGAUCCCAGGUGAGUCUGGGAAGCCCUCCCUCCUGAGCCAGCAGGGCCCCAUCGUGGCCUCUGGACAGAGCCUGACCCUCCAGUGUCGCUCUGAUGUCGGCUAUGACAGAUUCGCUCUGCACAAGGAGACCAAACAGGGCCUCCCCCACAGCCUUGUCCUGCUGCCCCAGGCUGGGCUCUCGCAGGCCCACUUCCCCCUGGACACUGUGAGCAGCUCCCACGGGGGCCGGUACAGAUGCUACGGUGGAUACAACCUCUCCUCUGAGUGGUCGGCCCCCAGUGACCCCCUGGACAUCAUGGUGGCAGGACACCUGCCUGACACACCCUCCCUCUUGGUGCAGCCAGGCCCCAGGGUGGCCUCAGGAGAGAACGUGACCCUGCUGUGUCAGUCCCAAAGCUGGAGGGACACUUUCCUUCUGUCCAAGGAGGGGGCAGCUGGUCCCCCCUUGCGUAUGGGAUCAAAGUACCGAGCUCAGCAGUACGAGGCAGAGUUCUCCAUGAGUCCUGUGACCUCAGCCCACACGGGCACCUACAGGUGCUACAGUUCAUCCACCAUCUCUCCCUACCAUCUGUCACACCCCAGUGAGCCCCUGGAACUCCUGGUCUCAGGCUCCUUCAGCAAACCCAGCCUCUCAGCCCUGCCAAGCCCGGUCGUGACCUCAGGAGGGAACCUUACCCUCCAGUGUGGCUCAAGGGAGGUGUUUGACAGGUUCAUUCUGACUAAGGAAGGAAAAGACAGGGUCUCCUGGACCCUGGACUCACAGCCACAGCCCAGUGGGCAGUCCCAGGCCCUGUUCCCUGUGGGUCCUGUGAGUCCCAUUCACAGGUGGAGGUUCAGAUGCUAUGGCUGUUACAGGAACAGCCCCCAGGUGUGGUCAUACCCCAGUGAUGCCCUGGAGCUCCUGAUCCCAGGUGAGUCUGGGAAGCCCUCCCUCCUGAGCCAGCAGGCCCCCAUCGUGGCCUCUGGACAGAGACUUUCCCUCCAGUGUCGCUCUGAUGUCAGCUAUGACAGAUUCGCUCUGCACAAGGAGGGUGAACCGGACCUCUCCCAGAGCCUUGUCCUGCAGUCCCAGGCUGGGCUCUCUCAGGCCCACUUCCCCCUGGGCACUGUGAGCAGCUCCCACGGGGGCCGGUACAGAUGCUACGGUGGAUACAACCUCUCCUCUGAGUGGUCGGCCCCCAGUGACCCCCUGGACAUCCUGGUGGCAGGACACCUGCCUGACAGACCCUCCCUCUCGGUGCAGCCAGGCCCCAGGGUGGCCUCAGGAGAGAACGUGACCCUGCUGUGUCAGUCACAGAGCCCGAGGGACACGUUCCUGCUGUCCAAGGAGGGGGCAGAGGUUCCCCCCCUGUGUCUGAGAUCAAAGCACCGAGCUCAGCAAUCCCAGGCGGAGUUCUCCAUGAGUCCUGUGACCUCAGCCCACGGGGGCACCUACAGGUGCUACAGCUCACACAGCACCUCCCCCUUCCUGCUGUCACUCCCCAGUGAGCCCCAGGAGCUCCUGGUCUCAGGACCCUCUGGAGGCCCCAACCCCCCACCCACAGUUCCCACCUCCCCAGCUGGUCUCCAAUGGUACCUGUACGUCCUGAUUGGAGUCUCGGUGGCCCUGGUCCUGCUGCUCUCCCUCCUCCUUCUCCUCCUCCGACAUCAACGUCAGAGCAAAGACAGGAUGUCUGCAGAUGCUGCCAUGAAGGACCCGCAGCCUGGGGAGAGCAUGAGGCUGGAUCCUCAGGCUGCACCUGACGCCCCCCAGGAUGUGACCUACGCCCAUCUGAACCUCUUGGCCCUCAGCCGGGAGACAAGUGCACCCCCUUCCUCCGCAUCAGAGGAGCCCCCAGAAGAGCCCAGCGUGUACGCUGCUCUAGCCACCCACUAG